UUCACAUUUAAAGGGAGCCUUAUUGUGGCAGCUGCGUCCGCCGUGGUGCGUUCACGUGCCUGUUGCUGAUAACUUGACGUUGGUCCGGGUUGGGAAAAGCUGUUUAUCCCUUCAGGAAAGUGAUUCUGGGUUAGUGACGACACUUCCCCUCCUUCCUUGGAUUUUUUUUCUCCCCCCCAGAAGUUUUUCUUAUCUCUGCGUCGAGGCGCCCCAAAGGGAACUUUUCACGAUUUUCCAGCUGUGAAAUAAAACUCCCAACAUGUCGCCGCCGUCUCGACGGCUUCAGACGAAGCCCGUGAUCACCUGUUUGAAGACUUUCCUCAUCUCCUACAGCCUCAUUUUUUGGUUCACAGGCGUGAUCCUGCUGGCCGUCGGGGUGUGGGGGAAGGUCAGCCUGGAGGCCUACUUGCUCCUGGCUUCUAAGGACAGCACCAAUGCGCCAUAUGUUCUCAUCGGGACCGGAGCCACCAUCGUUAUUUUCGGGCUCUUCGGCUGCUUCGCCACCUGCCGCGGGAGCCCGUGGAUGCUCAAACUGUACGCCAUGUUCCUGGUCCUGGUGUUCCUGGCCGAGCUGGUGGCCGGAGUCUCGGGCUUCGUCUUCAGGCACGAGAUCAAGGAUACGAUGGGCGCUGCCUUUAAAGACGCGGUGCAGCAUUACAACAACACAGGCACCAUCAGCAGCGCCGUGGACACCACCCAGAGGACGCUGCAUUGCUGUGGAGUGCAAAAUUACACGGACUGGAAAGACACCAACUACUUCCAGGAGAAGGGAAUCCCCAAAAGCUGCUGUAAGGACAGCAACAACUGCACUCCAGAGGUGCUGAAAGACCUGGAAAAGGCCGCAAAGGAAGUCUACCUGACGGGCUGCUUCUCCCUGGUGACCACCGUGAUGGAGGCCAACCUGGGAAUCAUCGCCGGGAUCUCCUUUGGGAUUGCCUUCUUCCAGCUCAUCGGGAUAUUCCUGGCCUGCUGCUUGUCUCGAUACAUAACCAACAACCAGUACGAGAUGGUCUAAGAGUGGCAGGUCGCUGAUGGGAAGCUCCUGACGGGGGAUUUUAAUAUUGUGUGUGUUAGUGGACAUCAUUUUAGAAAGGGAAAAGUCGCAGUUGCUUCUUUUACUCUGGAACGCUGAACGAGCUGAAGGGAAAACCCCCCCGGCACCGUUUGACCAAAAGGAAAAGGGACGCAGACGUUGACAGAUCAUUGAUUCCAGACCAAACCCGUUACGCAUAGCAGACAUUAUGUAGUCCUCACUCUUUUGUUUAGGUGCAUUUGCCAACAUUUUUAUUCUCCUUUUGCUGCCUUAUUUUGUUGUUAGUGGACAGUUAGCUGGUAAAGUCUUCGUAGGUGAUGUCACUGCUCUGACUCGGAGCUGAAAACGGACCCCCGGCGUGUGCCCGCUCGAGCGGCCGUCCACGUCCUCAGUGUUAGUGUUUGUUUGUUUUUCUGUGUGGAUGCAUGUGAAAUACUUGAAAAAUAAAGAUGAGAUCCUGUAUCUGUA